UCAGACAGCAGGUCGGUGACUCGGUGAGCGGAGAGACGGACGUUACAGCAGACCUGAGGCUUCGGCUUUUUUCUCCUCCUGUGGACUAACGUUGCGGGAAGUUUUUUUUUUUUUUUUACUUUACAGCACCGACGGACGCAGAGGGUCAGAAAAGCUGUCCACCAUGACGGGGAGCAGGGAGGAGGAGAGGAGGAAACUGGCCGACAUCAUCAACCACUGGAACGCCAACCGGCUCGACCUGUUCGAGAUCAGCCGGCCCACAGAGGAUUUGGAAUUUCAUGGCGUGAUGCGGUUCUACUUCCAGGACCGGGUUGCCGGCAACUUUGCUACCAAGUGCAUCAGAGUGUCAAGCACAGCUACAACACAGGACGUCAUCGAGACGUUAGCAGAAAAGUUCAGACCAGACAUGAGGAUGCUCUCCUCGCCAAAAUACUCCCUGUAUGAGGUCCACGUCAGCGGAGAAGAGCGUCAGCUGGACCUGGACGAGAAGCCUCUUGUUGUUCAGCUGAACUGGAACAAAGACGACAGAGAAGGACGCUUUGUGCUGAAGAACGAGAACGACAUCCUUCCCAAGAAGAGUCAGAGUAACGGCCCAGAGAAGGAGAAAGAUGGCGUGAUCCAAAACUUCAAGAGAACUCUGUCCAAGAAGGAGAAGAAGAAGGAAAAGAAGAGGGAGAAGGAGUUCGCCCGGAUCCCUGAUGGAGACGAGCAGGCACUCAACCGGGAGGACGGUGAGAACAGUCGUCUUGCAGCAGAGGUGUACAAAGACAUGCCUGAGACCAGCUUCACAAGAACCAUCUCCAACCCAGAGGUGGUGAUGAAGAGGAGGCGGCAGCAGAAACUGGAGAAACGCAUGCAGGAGUUCAUGAGCAGCGAUGGGAGGCCAGACUCGGGAGGAACUUUACGGAUAUAUGCCGACAGUCUCAAGCCCAACAUCCCGUAUAAAACCAUCCUGCUUUCCACCAGAGACACGGCUGACUUUGCUGUGGUCGAAGCGCUGGAGAAGUACGGGCUGGAGAAGGAGAACCCUAGAGAGUACUGCAUUGCAAGGCAAGAUGAUAAAUCAGGAAAGGAGGUGAUUCUGGAUGAUUCUGAGUGUCCGCUGCAGAUCUUCAGAGACUGGCCUGCCGACAGAGGAGCUCUAGUGUUUCAGCUAAAGAAGAGACCACCUGACUACCAGGGGAGGAAGGGAAGGAAAAUGGAUGAAAAGGGCCUACGAAAGGACGGCAGCAGCAGCUCACUGCCUCCUGAGAAACUGCCUUACCUGGUGGAGCUGAGCCCAGGGCGAGGGAAUCACUAUGCCUACUACGCCUAUCGGCACCAUGAAGACGGGUCUGACUCCCGGGAUAAACCAAAGCUGUACAGGCUUCAGCACAGCAUCACUGAGGUCGGCUCAGACUGCACAGACGACGGAGCCAUCCAGCUGCUAGGUCCGGGGAUUCUGCCCCACCACUGUAACCUCAUGCACACUGAAGGCAUGGUGACUGUGACGCCGCAUGGCCCAGACGCCGACACCUUUGUUGACGGGCAGCGAGUCACAGAGACGACAGUGCUACGCUCAGGCUCCACCAUCCAGUUUGGUUCCACACACGUCUUCAAGUUUGUGGACCCGAUGUUCGACCAGGGCGGGAAGAGAGAACCAGCGGCCAUGAUGAGGAGCCGACACAAGUCAGGCAGCGUACCAGAAACUACCUUCGACCUUCACGGAGACGUCCACAGUGGAGCUGCCCUGCCUACCAGCAAGAGCUCAGGAAAGCUGGAGAUGGAGAGAGGCAUGGUCAAACCCAUGAUCAGAGGAGAGCAGCAGGACGGCAGGUCUCAGGACAUUUCAGCAGACAGAGCCGAGCUGACUCUACCAGCCGGCAUCGAGUUCAGAGACAACUCUGAAGACACCUUCCUGUCAGCCAUCAUCAACUACACCAACAGCUCCACGGUCCACUUUAAACUGUCUCCUACCUACGUCCUUUACAUGGCUUGUCGAUACGUCCUGUCCCCUUCCUACCGGCCGGACAUGUCGCCAUCUGAGAGGACGCACAAAGUCAUUGCCAUCGUUAACAAGAUGGUGAGCAUGAUGGAAGGAGUCAUCCAGGAGAUUCCUGAAGGGGAUCAGAAGCAGAAGAACAUCGCAGGAGCGCUGGCUUUCUGGAUGGCCAAUGCCUCCGAGCUGCUGAACUUCAUCAAACAAGACCGAGACCUGAACCGCAUCACGCUGGACGCCCAGGACAUCCUCGCCCAUCUGGUUCAGAUGGCCUUCAAAUACCUGGUCCACUGUCUGCAGGCAGAUCUGAACAACUACAUGCCAGCUUUCCUGGACGACCCUGAAGAACACAAUCCACAGAGACCCAAGAUUGAGGACGUCCUGCACACUCUAACCGGAGCCAUGUCGUUACUGCGGCGAUGUCGAGUGAACGCCGCUUUGACCAUCCAGCUCUUCUCACAGCUCUUCCACUUCAUCAACAUGUGGCUCUUCAACAAGCUGGUGACUGACACAGAGUCGGGACUGUGCUGCCACUACUGGGGUGCCAUCCUCCGUCAGCAGCUGAGCCACAUUGAGGCCUGGGCAGAGAAACAGGGGCUGGAGCUCGCUGCCGACUGCCACCUCAGUCGAAUUGUGCAGGCCACCACCCUGCUCACCAUGGAUAAAUACUCCAUGCAGGAUGUGCAGAACAUCCAUAACACCUGCUUUAAGCUUAACUCCCUGCAGCUCCACGCCCUCAUGACCAACUACCACUGUGCCCCCGAUGAGCCGUACAUCCCGCCUGAGUUGAUAGACCACGUGGUUGCUGUGGCGGAGAACACAGCAGAUGAGCUGGCGAGGAGUGAUGGCAGAGAAGUUCAGCUAGAGGAGGAUCCAGACCUCCAGCUGCCCUUCCUCCUCCCUGAGGACGGUUACUCAUGUGACGUGGUGCGAAGCCUCCCCAACGGACUGCAGGACUUCCUGGAGCCGCUGCUGCAGAGAGGUUUUUGUAGAUUAGUACCCCACCCUCGCUCUCCCGGUACCUGGACCGUCCACUUUGAGGGAGCUGACUGUGACAGCCACUUCUCUGCAGGCGAUAACUCUGAAAUGCCAAUGAGGAAAGAGCCGGAGGUUGUCACGGUAACCCUGAAGAAGCACAACGGCAUGGGCCUCAGCAUCGUGGCUGCCAAGGGUGCUGGUCAGGAGAAACUGGGCAUCUACAUCAAGUCUGUCGUCAAAGGCGGAGCAGCUGAUGUGGACGGGCGUUUGGCUGCAGGUGACCAGCUGUUAAGCGUGGAUGGACGCAGUCUGGUCGGGUUAUCACAAGAGAGGGCGGCCGAGCUGAUGACGAGGACAGGAUCAGUCGUGACUCUGGAGGUUGCCAAGCAGGGAGCCAUUUACCACGGCCUGGCCACACUCCUCAACCAGCCCAGCCCUAUGAUGCAAAGAGCAUCAGACCGAGGCAGAGAUAAAAACGGAAAGCUGCGACCAAAGAGCGAAGGCUUCGAGUUGUACAACAGCUCAGUGCAGAACGGCUCACCGGAGAGUCCUCAGGCCGGCUGGGAUUCUUACCCUGAACCAAAGAAGAUGAGCGGAGAAGACAGACUACUCAAGAACCGAGCCGACCACCGCUCCAGCCCCAACGUAGCCAAUCAGGGUCAGAGUCCUGCAAGUAAAGCUGUUUACCCUGGAGGACCUGGCACCAAGAUCACCUCUGUCUCCACUGGGAACCUGUGUGCAGACGACGACCCUUCCCCUCCCCGCCCAGAGGCCUAUCCCAUCCCCACCCAGACCUACCCCAGAGAGUACUUCACCAUCCCAGCCUCCAAGAGCACAGAUCGGGUUGUUGGUCCCGGGCAGGGGCCACCACAGCACUGGCAGGGCAUGGAGGACAGAGAACGCCUCCCUGUGGUUGACAACAUCCACAACAGCAUGCAGCGGGUUAACCACUCACAGGAGGACCUGUAUCCUCCACCAGGAGGUAUGAGGCCAGAUGAGCGCAUGCAGCCUCUUUACCAGCAGGACUACCAGCACCGGGACCUGGACUACCAACACAGAGAUAUGGACUACCAGAGAGGACCGCCAGGAGGUGUUGGAGGUCCUGACCACUGGGCCCCUCAGCCACAGGUCUCCUCCUCUUUGGAGUCUUCCACCUCCAGCCAGGAGCACCUCAACUUUUCCGCCUCCUCCUCUUCCUCCAACAAGACCCAAAACCAGAAGACCGGGCCAGGCCGGUGGAAGACGCCAAACACCCCUCACGCAGUACAGCCACAUCCAGCCCAGCAGCCAUCGCGCUCCGACCUGCCCCCUCCUCCCCCUCCACCACCAGCCACUUACCCUGAAGCCUACGACCCCUAUGACCCCCAACCAGACCUACCGCUCCCACCGCCUCCGGCUGUAGUCACUGCCGUAACUGCUCAGCAGGCCGCCGACCGCAAGAAACGGGAGGAGCAACAACGCUGGUAUGAGAAGGAGAAAGCUCGGCUGGAGGAGGAGAGGGAGAGGAAGAGGAGAGAGCAGGAGAGGAAACUGGGUCAGAUCCGGGCCAACCCCGUCAUGCCCGUCCAACCUCACAACAACGGAGGAGCCAUGCCCCCUCCUCAUCACCAGCCCCCCCUGCCCUCUGUAGUCCCACCUCAGCCCUACCUGCCCCCUCAGUCCCAGCCCCAGCCUCCCCCACCCAGACCAGAGAAACUGGCCAGCCUGCCGCGUUCAGCCGUUCCUCCCCCUGCCAGUGCCAACCACCCACCAGGUAUGGAUACAGUGAUCAGAGAGCUCUUACCGCAGCAGCAGCCACGCACUAUCGAGAGGCGGGACCUUCAGUACAUCACCAUCAGUAAAGAAGAGCUGUCAACCAGCGACAGUUUGUCCCCAGACCCCUGGAAACGAGACGCCAGAGAGAAAGCUGAGAAACAGCAGCAGCUUCACAUCGUUGACCUACUAGACAAAGAGAUCCAGGAACUACAGGCUAAGCCGGAGCGAACGGCGGAAGAAAGUGACCGUCUCAGGAAGCUGAUGUUGGAGUGGCAGUUCCAGAAACGACUGCAGGAGUCCAAGCAGAGCGACGAAGACGAGGAGGAGGAAGACGACGAGGAUGUGGACACCAUGAUGAUCAUGCAGAGACUUGAGGCCGAGAAGAGAGCCAGGUUGCAGGAUGAGGAGCGACGGCGUAAGCAGCAGCUGGAGGAGAUUCGUAAACGGGAGGCGGAGGAGCGAGCAAAGCAGGAGGAGGAGAGGAGGUGGAGGGAGGAGGAGAGAGCUAAGCGAGAGGCCGAGGAGAAGAGGAGACAAGAGGAGGAGUACUACACUCGCCUGGAGGCCGAGCGGCGCCGGCAGCACGAAGAGGCGGAGAGAAAGCUGCUGACGCCAGACGAGCCGGCCGGUCUGUAUCGGCCCCCGCUGCCCAAGGAUUACCAACCCCCCGCCCCCCAAAACCCUACUAACACCCCCCCGCCCCCACCACAGAGAAACACCUCCUACCUCAAAACCCAGAUCACCUCCCCCGACACGCUCUACACCGCCAAGUUCGUGUCCUACGCGGGCGAUGACGACGAAGACGAGGAAGCAGGGAGUGGCGGCGGCGGCAGCCAAUCAGGUCAGGUCAAGCUGUCGGCCACCAGGAAGUCGUACGGCGACCUCCCGGCCACGGUCUCGCCCAAUCACGGCAGGCCUCAGCCGCCGCCCACUGCUCGCAAGCCCCGCCCUCUUUCAGACGGCAUCUUCCUGUCUGGCUCGUUCCAGCCACCAUUCAACAACUCCAACAGUACAGGCCCCCCUAUUCCUGCCAAACCCAGCUCCAUAACCCCCGGAGGCUUUAAAGGAUUUAACUCGUACACUGGAAACUCAGCAGGAGUUGUAGGAUCAGGAGAAGUCUACAAGGACCCGCGAGACAAAUGGACGAAGAGUCAGGAGCAGGAGAACUCGAUCCCCAGCGGCGCUCCGGAGAGUCUGACCUUCAAGGAACGCCAGCGUCUCUUCUCUCAGGGGAAGGAGGUUUCCAACAAGGUCAAGGCUUCACGCAAACUCAUGGAGCUGGAGAACGAGCUCAACACCAAGUAGUAGACCGAGCCUUUAACGUCCCAGCGUCACCUUAAACACAUCACCGCCACCGUGGUAACAUUAAGGUGCUCCUGGGACACAAACUGGGUCGAGAGGGCCGGCGCUCGCUUUCCCAACCACUGACCGUCUCCUCCUGUCCGUGUUCUUUUCCCCUCUUUUAUUUUUUUAUUUUAAUCGAUGAAUAACUGGACCAUUCACUUUUUUUCGACGUAGCUAUAUCGUUGCAAUAGGAGAGACAUUUAUGGCUUAAAUUUUCUUCCCCUUGUUCCGGUCUGUCAAAGAUAUAUAAUGAUAAAGCACUGUAAAAAAGUUUUAAUUGUAUCUAGUGAGAAUUUGAGAAUCACACCACAAAGGGGGAUAUAUUUUUGUUUAUAAAAAGGUUCUUGGGGCGAGGGGGGUGGAGAUAGUUUUAUUCUCAUUUUAAUUUUUUUUUAAAUAGCUCACUGAAAAUGAACAAUUUUAUGCUGUUAUUUUAUGCUCUUUUUGUUCUGCAUCAUGAUGAUUUCAGUUAAAAUCCCUUCAUGCCAGCAGAAGCGCCCACACGAGAGCUCCAGACCAAUCUUUAUUUUUAUUUCCUCCUUUUUUAAAAUCAAAUCUCAGUGAGUGAAACACUGUUAUUUCAUUCCGUAGCAAGGAAGCAUGGGAUUUCUUUUUUUAAUGGUGAUGUUUUAGAUGAACAUUGAAAGAUUCUCCAGAAGAGGAUCGAACAGUCCAGAGAAGGAUCUUUAAGUGCACAACAUUACUGUAAAUAUCUGGGUCCACGACUGUCUCAUUCUUUUACUACUGUAGAAACCUGCCAGGCUACUAAAACACUGCAAAACUAACCUGAUUUAACAGAGAAUCCAACUGGACUGUCUCCCCGCUGUCAGUGGAGUAAAAUUUAUAAAUGUUUGGCCCAGACGUGAGGUAACUUUGAUUUUACUUUCUUUUAAAUCUAAUAGUCAUUUUUUGCAGAGUUGUGUGAGAUUCAUUUGACUGAUUGUUCCCGAAAUUUAAGGCAGAAAGACAAUUUCUUUCACUCACAAUGUGAUUAAUGUUGGUUUUCACAAUAAAAGGAAAAACUACUCUUUAAGUCCUAGUUUGCUUUACAGAUAUUUAUUUCAAACCUUGUGGAGAAAACAUAACUUGCACAAAAUGUGUUUUUAAUAUUGAAUAUGUGUCUGCAAACUGUUUGGAGAAGUGGAUUACAUUUGGGACCUCUCAUACUGUGGUUAUAGUCUGUGAUUUUCUGCGUUACUCACAGAAAAGUUUUGUUUUUACACCAGCUGUGCUUCAGGGAGAUCAGAUGGAUUCAAGAACCCUGCUUAUACCUUACAGUAAUAUCUGUUUUGGAUAUUUGGAUACCAAGUGGUCAUCUUUAAUGCGAGGUGUACUGAAAACUAAUUGAUACCCAAUAGCUCAGACUGCAUACAGAGGCGGUCUGGGAUGCCUUCAUCCAGACUGGUUUAGCAGUAUAGACGCUAACGUUAGUGGCAUGCAUAAAAGACCACCCUGAUGGAAUCUGUGGAAGUCUGCCAGAUAGCAAAAAGGAUGGCUUCUUUAUGUCCAUCCAGCCUCUAUUGUAGUGAUUUGAAUUCUCUCUCUUUUGACAGGGUUGCUACUCUCUUAAGGCCCUGGACACCAGCAUAGAUAAACCAGGAGAGGUUGAAAACAGAUGGAGUUAAAAUGAGAACUCUGAUAAUAAAUUCUAAGGACCAAUAGAAAUGUUAACAGGUCAUUAAGUCUUCCUGCUGAAACAGGUCUUACAAAAUGAAAAGGGUAGUGAAGCCAUGUCAAACAAACGUGUACACCUCUAGACAAUUCUGGGAAACAGUUCUAUCAUGCUCUCAAUCACUAACAUCUUUAUGGAUGCCCAUGUUCUUUGGGACUCAAUUAAAGUUAUGCUGAUACCAUUUUGCAUUGGUGGCCUUUAUUUGGAGAUAACAGGAAAAUCAGGGAGCAAAGGUGCAGAAAAGGUGACGAACUCAGCUUCCUACUUAGAAGACCAGUUUUGGUUUGUGGCGCCUUACAUCUGACUCAACAACUUUGAUUCCCGUUGUCCUAAAUUAAAAUUCGUCUUUGCAUAUCUUGCAAGUUGCCUUAUAAUUCUUGCUUGUCUGUCCCUGUAUUUUGCAUCUUGAAGCCAAAGUAGUUUGAACUUUCAGUUUCCCCAACUUCCUUUCUUUUAUGCAAUAUCCUGCCAUCAAUGCACAAGAACAAGCAGAUCCAAUUGUUCAUAAAAAGUCUUAAGGCUAACUAGACAGUCAAGACUGCUGAAGACAUUUUACCAGCAUUUAAGAGCUGCAGGAAGCCUCUUUUAAGAGAUCUGGAUAAUUUGGCUCAGCUCAGUAAUAAUCCAGUCUGUCAGCUCCCAAACAGCCCUUCAUCUGGUACCAUUUUGGCUUUUAUCUUGUCCAUUACAGCAUGUCCUCACUGCACAAGACACAAAUCAGACUGAUUGAUCACUUUGAUACCUGUUGUAGGUCCCUGACAAAUCAGUCCAUUUGUAGUCCAUCAGCCUGUUCCUAUUUUCCUUUCUGUUGCUUACUUUGACAUGAACAAGGAAAGACGGAGCUGGCAAGGUAUCAGGAGUGUCAGACUGGAAGAUUUUCUUGAUUUUCUUUCACUUUCCUCACUCAGAAAGCUUUUUCUUCUUCUUCUUUUAGCAAACCAGAGAUGUGUAUUAGCAAUAUCUGUGAAUUCACAUGCUUUGGUCCAACUUGACUCAACAUGGAAGCAGGACUAUGCAGCUCACGGCCGUCAAAGCCUUGUCAUUACAAAGUGCCACACUUAGACUUACACUACACUUUCUCCAUAUUCAAAAUAAAAGCACUAGAUGUUGUACUCUCUAACGGGGGAAAACUAAAAUUAACAAAGUACAGAAUUAGAUACUUAAUGGAUGCAUUCAUUUCAAUCUAACUAGCACCCACAAGGUUUAUUUACUUUAUUAUAUAUCAGCAUUUUUCUUUAAAGCAUGUUUAUGACAAAAUUAGGGAGAAAAGCUGUUAAAGAGGCAUUACUGUGGCUGAUACGCCCUCGUUAAUCAGUAGUGCCAAUGUGCCAGAUGGGCUGAGAGGCACAGAAAUAACGUUAUUUGUGUGAGAGGCAGGCAAGUGAGUACUGACUGCAGAUUGUCACGGAAGGUGUUUUGUAAAUUCACUGCGUGGAUGCUGGAGCUCGGUGCAAUGAAUUUGGUAUCCUAAUACCCAAUACUGAUGUUUAAUAUAAGGUGUAAACCAUCCCAGGGUGAUAGAGUUGUGGUUGUACAAAUAUAUAUAAACACAAUUUACAUAAACACAUUCACCAAACUGCUGCUCUGAUGUAAAAAGGAACACACCCAAACCCCUUGGAGUUGUACAAGAACAUUUAUUCUAGUAAAGUUUCAUUUGAAUCUCUUCUGCAGUUUGUUUGAGUGACUCCAUCCUGUGUGUGGCUUUAUUUAAUUUCUCUCUCCAGGAGCCUCCACCAAAACCGACUCUACACAGUGAGAUCAGAAACUGGCUCGUUUAAACACCACCGACGUGUCUCCUCCCCCCACAAUGACAACUCCUUUUUAGGUUUCAAAUGAACUGAAUCAUUUAAAUGGUUUCAUGUUUAGCCUUUUGUAAAUCAUUAAUAAAUACAGAUUUUUCAACA